AUGAUCAAACGCGACCUCGACAGGGAGAACCUCACCAAACGAUUUGCGAAAGGAAAAUUAGGGGGUCCGCAGUCGCGUAACUUCGCCAAAGGGGGUGGGUUGGGCGGAGGUUUGCCGGGAACUCCUGUGAAGCCGGUGCGUAGGCAGGACGGGUUCGACCUGCCGCGAUUUCAGGAGAGCAAGUUCUCGGUUGCGGGCCCCAGCAGGGUCAACUAUGUUGGUCCUCCGAUGGAUGAGAGUGCGCGGAAGAAGCGGACGUACCGUUACAUGUACGAGAAAGUCUCGGAGCGCAGUGAAGUUCUCGACGAUCGUAUUGACCAUUUCGGCGAACUCGUGAAGGCGUACUACGACGUCGAAGAGCUCGGAGAUCCCUCUGCAGUCACGGAGGAGGAAGUGACCGUUGUGGGCCGUAUCGUACACGACGCGGAGUCCUCAUCCGGGAGCGUCAAGCUCAACGAAGCCUCCCUCGUGCUUGAAUCAUCACGCAUGAUGGGCUCUGGGGCACGCGUGCCCCUCCGCUUCGAUGCGGACGUGAAAGUGCGCCGUGGCGUACGCAAUGGUGGCGGACAAGGCAUGUUCCCUGGGGCGAUCGUCGCCUUGAAGGGUAAGAAUGGUGGCGGAGGCUCGUUUUAUGUCACAGAGAUUCUCUCGUUGCCACCUCUGGACCCUUCCUCUGGAGUUCAAGUGAAAUCUGAGACGGCCGAAACACAUUUCUCAAUGUUCAUCGCAUGCGGGCCUUUCACACCCGAAGCCGACCUGGCGUAUCGGCCACUCCAGAACCUCGUUUCCAAACUCAAAGAGGCCAAACCUGCAGUCGUCUUGCUUACAGGCCCAUUCAUAGACGCGACACACCCAGCCAUCAAGGUCGGGGACGUCGAUGCAACACCGCGCGAAAUGUUUCAAGCGGAACUAGUGAACCGUCUGCGCGAGUUCCUCGACGCGUCACCCGGGAGCACCAUCCUGCUCGUCCCAAGCACGCGCGACAUCCUCAGCGACCACGCGGUGUUCCCGCAAUGCGAACUCCCCCGCGCGCUAUGUAACGAUGCGCGUAUCCGCUUGCUACCAAACCCCGCGCGUUUCACGCUGAACGGCGUGCACGUCGCCGCAAGCAGCAUCGACGUGCUUUUCCAUCUGCGCAAGGAGGAGUUCUUCAAGCGCGCAGCGGAGGUAGACCCGCAGUCGCAGUCUCCAGCAUCCUCGCCCGAAGGCCCCGACGCAAUGGCGAACCUGUGCAGGCACAUCCUGCAGCAGCGCAGCUUCUACCCGAUAUUCCCAGUGCCGCUCGACCUCGCGCACGACGUGAACCUCGACGUGACGCACUCAGACAUGAUGUACCUCUGUCCGCAGGAGGAUGAGAGCGAGGAGGACGACGUAGAUGCGCAGGAUGACCCAGCCCGCGCGCGCUGUGCCCCGGACGUGCUCGUCGUGCCGAGUCGAUUGAAGCAUUUCUCCAAGGUUGUGGACAACACGGUGGCGGUGAACCCGUCGUUCCUCACAAAGGCGACGUAUGCGGUGCUCGAGUAUGCGGGGCAUGGUGCUCCUGGACCUGCGAAGGACAGGAUCAAGGUCGAGAUCCAAAGGCUGGAGGCGUGA